GUGUCAGUGUACGACUGUGCUAUACAAGGAUACUUCUAGUAGUUCUAGUUCUGUUAUGGAAAACACUAAAAAUAAAAUUACGACUUAUUGAAAUUCAGCCACAGUUUACAAGUAUACUGUUUUAAAUUACGACAGAAGUAUUCUUCUUAACAGUUUACGUGUAUGCAAUGGUAUAUCUUUCCAAUUGAAAAGUAAAUUAAAACAUACCUACUCUCAACAAAUCUAACAGUAGAAAAUGUCGAAAAUUUAUAAAAAGUGUUUGGAUAGACCCUACAAGACAAUCACGAAUCACAAGAAAUAUUUAUCAAGAAUAACCAAAACUCUAUAUUAUGGAAAGCUAUCCAAAUCUGACUCAUUGAGUUUGCCUGUAACAGAAUUGGCCUCUGAACUGUUUUCUGAAGCUAAGACCGGAAAGUCUUUGGAAAGAUUACAUUGUGAUGAAGCAGCAAAAAUUUCCCGUAAUGCUUGUGUUUCACCGUGCUCCCUCGUACUGGCCUUGCUUUAUUUGGAGAGACUGAAAACUUGUAAUCCAGAAUAUUUGGACAGAACCGCACCUUCUGAUCUAUUUCUUAUAUCUUUGAUGGUAUCCUGUAAGUUUUUAUUUGAUGAUGGUGAAAGCGAUGAAGUAUUUACAGACGAAUGGGCUGCUUCAGGAGGAAUGACUGUCAAAGAGUUGGUUCGUCUCGAGAAGGAUUUCCUUUGUGCUAUAGAUUGGAAGAUUUAUGUGAGUGAAUUAACUUUUUGGAAGAAGUUGAACGAGAUUGAACAAAGCCUUGCAUUGAAACAGGGCAGUUCAAGAGGGCAUUUUACUUAUACUGAACUACAAAGUCUUGCUGCGAGUAUAGAAAUAAAUAAAAUUGUCCAUUGUGUUGUAGCUGUUUCGCUUAUUUUAGCAGCUACUUAUACAGCUGGGUUAUUAACGAUAUUCGGAUCUGUAUAUCUGGCAAGUCAAGUACAAGGGAGUAGUUUAUAUUCAAAGGAAUUGGAAAAUUGUCAAUCAUUUGAUAAGCACUUGAUAACUGAAGGUUUGGGUUCAAAGCCGUAUAUAAUCGAAACUAAACCCAGUUCUGAAUUUACCUAUGUGCAGAAUUCGGAUGUAAUUGAUGUGUUCACAACCAGUAUUUUACUGGCAUCAAUUAAAGUUAAUGUUACUGAUGACGAUGGAAUGACUACCAAUGAUGCUCAAUUCAUUUCUUGGGACUAUUGGAACAUACCUAUUAUGGAAUGGCUUGCAAAAUCGUCUGAAAUUGUUAUCACUUACAGUGAUGGAAUUCCCUCAUCAUACUUCUCUUAUUAUCUGGAGACGUCAGCAUUCAAUUCGAAAUGUAUUGAAUUAGAGGACCAGGUUCAUAAAGCAACUAAAACAAGACUGCAGGAUCAGAUUGAGUCUUCUUGGCAUGAGGAGUGGAUUGAUACUUUGAAAUUCAGUUUAUUUUUUGAUAGGACUGCUCCUUAUGUUCAUGGCAUGAAGGUGUAAUGUGUCUUAUAUUAUGGGAAUCCUUUGAUACUGAAUUUAUGUUCAAUUGUGGAAUACGAUGAUCAAAAAUAAAGAAUAAUAAUUUGCUAUCUUCAGAAUGUUUCAACAUGAGAACCACUAAAGUCCAUUACUACUAAAUUCUAUAAGGAUUUUAAUAAUUAAAUGAAUAUAUAAAACAAC